AUGAGCAAAGCUCGUAAGGCCACUGGCCGUGACGAAAACACCGACCCGGAGACUAUAGAGCAGCGCACCGAGCAAUUGCACGAACUCGAGAUGAAGCAUCAACAGGGCGCCAGCAAGUCCGACCUUUUGAUCAAGGACGAGGACGUGCGCCGUCUUAAGCUGCGCAUCCUGAUGCUUCGCGAUGAGAAUACAACUUUGCGCGACCAGAUCAUCCAGAGCAAUGACGAGAAUGCGGAAUUAUCAACACAAUGCGAAGAUCUCGGUACUCAGCUGGAGGCUAAGAUCCAGGUGGUCCGCUCCCAGGAAAAGCAGCUGCGCAAGCAAGAGCGCGAAUUCUCAAACCUCAAGACUGAGCUCCAGGCAAUGAACAAUGCCAACCAAAACUCGACAGAUGCGUUGGCCGAGAAAUUGGCCCUUAGCCGCGAACUUGCUGUUCUCAAACCUGAGCUGGAACACCUCCGAUCCCAGCUGGCUCAUCAACAAGCCACUCUAGCCGAGAAACUCGCCCUCGAGCGCCAAGUCAGCACGCUGGAGGUUGAGCUCGCAAAUGAGAAGAAAGCAACUAAGAGGGCCAUGAAGAAACGCGAGAGUACGGACCGAGUUGAGGAUGACCUCCGCAAACAACUACGUGAGGCCGAGAAAGAGCUGGCUGCUGAAAAAGCCCAGCGUCAAAGAUUAGAGGACCAGCUUGCACAAGAGAAGCAGACACACCAGUUGGCGCUAGAGGAUCAGGAUAGCACUCGCGAGGUUCAGUCGGACCUGCGUAAGAAGCUCCAGGACGCUCAGAAACAGCUUCGUGAGUCUCAAGAGGAGACCGAGAAGCUGGCAGAAGAGCUUAGCACCCAGAAGCGCCAGGCGCACAAGACACAAACAAAGGAGCAGAACGCGAGCACUGAUGUUGCCGAUGAGCUGCGCUCGAAACUUGAUGAAGUCGAGAAGAAGCUCUCGGCAUCCCAGCAAGAAGUCAAGAAAAUUCGGGAGAGCGCGCGUGAGUCGGUCGAUGAGGCCAAUAGGCGGAGCGAUGCAUUUGAAAAGAAGUUUGAGAAGCUCAAGACAAAGCACCGUGAGCUCCAAGACCAGCUCAAGCAAUCUCAAUCAGAACUCCGCAAGGCUCAAAAAGGCCACACAUCGGUGGCUGAGGAGAUCAACAUGAAGAGUGUUGGGCGCCCGACAUUCAAGAGGAGGAAGGGAGACGAUCUUGGCAAACCAGACUUCUCCCAGAUCACGAUUGCAACGCCCAGCGCCGACGAUCAACCCCGAAAGCCUCUUAAAAAGAAGGUAGUCGAGCCAUCGUUGUUAGGAGAAAAGUCCACCUUUUCGAUUACACCAUUCCUUAACCGGGGCAAGGAAUCCGGAGGUGAUGAUGCACAGGAAGAUGAUGACGAUGCCGCCGAUCAAAGUUAUAUCCCGCUAGCCAAGCGGGAUGAAGUCAGUCCACCGGUAGUCCCCAUCAUUGCUGAGGUCGAAGCCGACGCGGAGCCAUCUGAGCCAGUCCCGAGCAUGCCUCAAGAAGAGGAAGCCGAGAAGCCAAAGCUCCAGCCCAAGGCCCGCGGUCGACCGAAGAAGAUACUUGGUGAAGCGCCCUCGGUCAAGAAGAACUCCCAGCCUCUGCCAAAGACGGCCAUGAAGAAGGCUCCCAAGGCUGCGCCUGCGCUGGAAAAGGUGGUCGAGGAAGGACAGGAGAACGAUCAGGAGCCGGCCGAGAAGACACAGUCUGUUAAGUUCGACGUUGCCUCGCCGCAGGAUAUCAGCACAUCUUCAGCCAACACAUCCAAUGUACCCAAGAAGGAGGAGCCAAAGAAAAAGAAGCGCAAGGUCUUGGGAUCUACCAAGACGCUCUUUGACGACGAGGAAGAGGCUGUGGUCGAGGCCGCUCCCAAGGCUGCCGCCAGCAAAGCUCCAACGGCUGGUGGUGCAAAGAAGAGGGCGCCGCUGAAUGGUGUGCGCAAUGCGUUUGCAGGUGCUUCAUUUUCACCCCUCAAGAAGGACAAAAGAGGAGUAGGGGCCAGUUUUCUCGCAUAA